AUGCGGGGGUUAGGUUUUGAUAUUUCCCAUUGUUUCUUUGUAGAUGCAGUUGAUGCAUCAGGUGGUUUAGUUGUGGCUUGGUCCCAUGGAGUUGACACUUCGGUGUUGUUUCAUUCCAGUUUCUUUAUUUGUUCCCAAGUUAAUGAGGAAGGUUUUUCUUAUGUGGUGUUCUUUGUUUACAUUAGUUGUAAUCUUGCUGAGCGUGCUGUUCAAUUGUCUCACCUGCGCGAAAUUUGUGGUCUUAUUGCCCUACCUUAUGUGAUCAUUGGUGACUUCAAUACGACGCUCCUGGCGAGUGAAAAAGAUGGGGGUAGGGAGUGGAGUGUUGCACCGGCUGCUAGCCUUCGUGAUUUCGUUCAUGAUCUGGGGCUCCAUGACCCGGGAUUCCAAGGGGAUCAAUUUACCUGGACGAAUAAGCGUAUGGGUGCAACAUGCAUUCGUGAACGCCUGGAUAGGGCGCUUUGUUCGCAAGCCUGGAUGGACGCGUUCCCGGAGACUCUGGUGAAACACUUUACGGACCAGGGUUCGGAUCAUCGUGCCCUGCUCCUUUCGGACAAACCUUAUAGUAGGACCGGUCGGCCUCUAUUCCGUUUUGAUGCCCGUUGGGCCGACAAUCCGGAAGUUCGGGCCAUGGUCCACUAUGUCUGGAGUGAAGAGGUUCAGGGUACUCCUAUGUUCCGGCUUUGGGAACGCCUAAAAAAGUUGCGGCAUUUGUUAUAUGACUGGAGCAGGGCGGGCACUACGAAUUCACUGCGUAAUAUUAAGACGCUUCAGGCUGAGAUUGACCGAAUUAAAUCGACCCAUCCGGUGGACUGGGAUAUGGUGAAAACGCUGGAGUCGGAGCUGUCCCACCAAUGGGAAGCAGAAGAGAUCUACUGGCAACAGAAAUCCAGGGUUCGUUGGUUAAAGAAAGGUGAUCAGAAUUCUGCCUAUUUCCACACGGUUACUCGUGUUCGACGGAAAAAUAACUUUGUCGCUGGGCUUCAGAAUGAUGAUGGUGAAUGGGUCACGGAGGAAAAUGGUAAAGCUGCCAUUGCUACCAAUUUCUAUCAGGCCCUGUUCACCUCAGAGACACAGGUUCAAAACAUGGCAGAUAGGGUGGCUGGUCUGCCGAUUGCCCACAAUGUCACCCCGCAAAUGAAUGCGCACUUAACGGCAGAGGUGCUGCCAAGUGAGGUUCGGAAGACGGUCUUUGCGAUGGGAUCAAAGCAAGCCCCGGGCUCUGAUAGCUUCACUGGGGAGUUUUUCAAAGCAUUUUGGGAUGUAGUGGGAGACUCGGUGGUUGAAGCAGUUAUCUAA